CACCGUAUCUGGUGAUUCAUCAAUCUGGAAUGGACUGAUUCUCCUUUCAAGCAAUAAUACUUCCGAAAGUCAGAAAUCUUUGAAGCCUGGUUCUGAUAUCUCUCCUCCAACCAUCUUGCCUAACGACCCCGUAUUUCAUUGCUCCGCAACACUGCUGCUUAAGGUCUCACCUGCCGAGCUGAAACUAACUCGUUCAUCAGGACCUCCCCAGUCGCCUUCUCUUAAUAUUUCCAAUUCGUCUACCACCGAUGUUGAUUGUGUUCAACUUCGGCAUCCAGUACUCCCAGAUCGAAACUUUUGCCAAGCUAAUCUUUCACUUUCUUCAUCCUCAUUGGAUAGAUUGCCCCUACUGCGGAUGGCUCGUGGUGCCAGUCUCGAGGGCCUGCCCCGCUACCUACGCCACGCAUUGGUAAAGUCUAGGAAGGAAAUUUUAGUUCUUCGUUUAAUGCCGUCUGCACUGGGCCUUCCUACACGUUUAGCAAAACAUUCUCCUCGUGAAGUCAUUGAUUCGCGAUGUAACUACUUUCGCAUCUUCCGUCAACUGUAUCAGCUCUCAGCCUGUGCUGCCCUCGAGCCACGUCUACCUGGCGUUCGCGACUGUCUUCUUCUCCCGAAGCACGCAAGUUCACCUUCUUUGUUGCCAGAUCCACUUGAUCGUCUGAUACCAUGCUCUGGAGGCACCUAUCGACUGCCAGAGCUAUCUUCUGUCUCUGGAUCGGAUUAUACACCCGAUUCAAAAGCGGAAUUUCUCGCUUAUGGCCUGGGCCUUUCUCCAGGGCUCAGACGGAAGCAUCAUCAACAUCAACUUCUUUUGGUCAUU